CUCAAUUCCUAGGCGUCAAUUUCAAGAAAUUUGGCACGACGUUGAAGCUUGCUGUUGGUCGUGAUCGAGCUCUGGGUUUGGAGGAACCUGUGGUCUCGACAACGAAAUCGGCAAGAUGGCCACACCAAAGCAAUGUAUUUCCUCGCUGGCGAGACUGAGUCUGACAUCGACAGCACGGCCGACGGCUACAUCAAUACCCCGAUUUCUAGCGCCAUCCAUCACGCAGGUCCAGGCGCAGCAGACCCGAUAUGCUGGUGGAGGAACAGCGCAGAUGCAGGCGCGAGCCAGGGAAAAGGAGAAGCUGAAGAAGAAGAGGAAACAGCAGCGGUUCAAGGAGUACAAAUUUGCCGUACCAAGCAAGGCCGAGCAGUUUUCUCUGUGCGAUGCAAUGCGCUACCUGCGCGCUGCAGAAGUUGGCCGUCCUCCUACCUCGGUCACGUACGAAGUCUCCCUCAAGAUCCGCACCAUCAAGAACGGUCCCGUGGUCCGUAACCGCGUUCGUCUGCCGUACCCGGUCAAGAACGACACGCGCAUCGGCGUCAUCUGCCCCGAAAACACGAAUCUUGUGCACGAUGCGCGACAAGCCGGCGCCGUGGCCUUUGGCGAGGCAUCUCUGUUCAAACUCAUCAAGGAGAACCCCAACAACCUGCCGUUCAACCGCCUAAUCUGCCACCAGGACUCCGUGCCGGCGCUGAACAAGGCCGGCCUGGGUCGAAUUCUGGGUCCCAAAGGCUUGAUGCCCAGUUUGAAGACCAACACCAUCACCAAGAGUAUCAAGGGCAUGAUGACAGAGAUGGUGGGUGCCGAGACCUACAGAGAAAAGAUUGGUGCUAUCCGCAUGCCCAUUGGCAAUAUCCAGUUCAACCCCAAGCAACUGAGCGACAAUAUCAAAACGCUGGUGAUGCAGGUCAAGGGGGAUAUUGAGGCUAUGGAGGAUAGGGUCAAUAAGGACUUGAUCGAGGUCGUGCUGACUUCGACCAACGGCCCAGGAUUCAGCUUGAACGGUGGCUUCUUGCCCACAGAUGAGAUGAUUGAGCCGGACCAUUUGAGCACGGCUAUGUAAAUGCGCUGAUCGAAUUCAAUGAGAGAGGGCAGAUACUGUAAAACGU